GAUUUGUGUCGCAAGAAUCCCUGUAAGCACAAUGCUGAUUGCCGCAAUACUUGGAAUGAUUAUGUGUGCAGCUGUCCGAAUGGUUAUAAGGGCAAAAAUUGUCAAGAGAUCGAGUUUUGUCAACUGGUCACUUGUCCGGGCAGCAGUAUAUGUCAGAAUCUUGACGAUGGUUAUGAGUGCUUGACGAACAUCACUUUUAAAGGCAGUGAGAAAAAUCCGUUAGCGUUCACUUACUUUGUUGAGCAACCGCCAGAGGAGCCAAAAAUGCUUGUGAAACCGGUGAUAGAGAUUGCGUACAGAACACGUGCCGGCGGCACACUCUUCUAUGUGGAGUACGGUGAGAGCUUCUUUGAAAUCGGCGUAAAUCAGGGACAGGUUACUGUUACCUGGAAGCUGAGUCAAGAGCCGUUUGGCGAUACCAAGCGUUUCACCAAGGAUACAGCCGAUCCCAGCCACAUGGAGCUGAUGAAUGAGCCAGGCUGGAACCGCAUUUAUCUACGCGUGCAGGGCGGCAAACUCGAGGGUGGCUGGAAGGGUUGGGAAAGCAUGGUCGAUCCAUCGCCCACCUUCUCGGCGGACAUUGAUCAACUUGCUUUUCAGGAGCUACUCUCUAGCGAUACGCAAAUCUAUCUCGGCGGCAUGCCCACUGAUAGCCGGCAGGCGCGUGGUAGCAGCUCAGCACAGCAGGGCUCACAAUUCAAGGGUUGCCUGGGUGAGGCGCGCGUAGGCGAUCUUUUGCUGCCAUAUUUCUCCAACGCCGAGAUGUAUCCACGCACUGAGAACGUAUCCGUACAACCGCAAUCGCAAUUCCGUCUCAACUCAUCCAAACCCGAUGAAGGUUGUGUGCUCUGCUUCAAUACGGACUGUAAAAAUGGCGGCUAUUGUAGCUCGCCAUCGGAGCAGUAUGCCUGCAAGUGUCUGGCUGGCUAUGAGGGGGACGAUUGCUCGAUCGAUAUUGAUGAGUGCUUGACGGCAACUUGUGAGAAUAACGCCACUUGCAUCGAUAGGGUGGCGGACUUCCAGUGUCGCUGCUUGCCCGGCUAUGAUGGACGUUUCUGCGAGCAUAACAUUGAUGAGUGCGCCUCCCAGCCGUGUCAUAAUGGCGGCACCUGCACAGAUCUCAUUGCGGCUUUCCAUUGCGAGUGUACGGAUGACUAUGCGGGCACACAGUGUGACUUGUUAAAGCAAGUGACCUGCGAAAAUCUACCCUGUCGCAACGGAUCGACGUGCAAGGAUGGAUUUAAUGCGAUCACCAGCAACAACUUCACUUGUCUUUGUAUGGCCGGCUUCGAAGGACCCUACUGCGACGUGCCCUUCUGUGAGACGACACCCUGUCAGAACGGUGGCCUUUGCAUACUCGCCGAUCCUUUCACGCCGCUAUGUCAGUGCAGUCUGGGCUACACCGGUCGUUUAUGUGAGGAGGACAUCAACGAGUGCGAGCCGAAUCCAUGUCUUAAUAACGGCGAAUGCCAUGAUCUCAUCGGCGGCUAUCUAUGCAACUGCACCAAUACCGGUUUCGAAGGCAUCAACUGCGACAUCGACAUCGAUGAGUGUGCAUUGGAUAUUGAGUAUUGCGGCGGAUUGGGACGCUGCAUCAAUUUACUGGGCUCUUUCAAAUGCAUUUGUCAGGACAACUUCUGUGGCGCUUACUGCAAUCUAACCGAUCCAUGCAAGAACGGAAACUCGCCAUGUAUGAAUGGCGGUACUUGUGAGGAGGAGUGUGGCGAUGAGGUAGACUACACAUGCAAUUGCACCACCGGUUAUGAGGGCAAGGACUGCGCGUUGGUGAUGGCCGCCAAAGAUGACGGUCCCUCCACCGCCGACAUUGCCAUCAUCGUGAUACCCGUUGUGGUGGUGCUGCUGCUUAUUGGUGCUGCGCUGUUGGGCACCUUCCUAGUUAUGGCGCGUAAUAAGCGUGCGACGCGCGGCACUUACAGUCCCAGUGCGCAAGAGUACUGCAAUCCGCGACUGGAGAUGGACAAUGUGCUUAAACCGCCACCAGAGGAGAGGCUCAUUUAGUUGCAGUAACUGGCCGAUUUUGGAAAUUUCUAUGAGGGAGACAAGAUAUGUUGUUAAUUUCUUUUUUUUUUAACUACAAAUUAGUUAAUGUUGUCUGGAGACGUGCGAAAUCAAAAAGCGAAGAAAACUAGAAAGAAAAUAUCUUUGUGUAGACUUAUUUAAAUGUGUUUAUCCGCCCAUUAAUUGUAGUUAUAGUCAAUAAUUAAGCUUUUACGUUUAAAUAAUUUGAGAGGAGCGCAUAAAAGUUGAGAUGAAAAUGCAUCGGCGGGUCGAAAAAUUGGGCGCGCGAGUCAAUCAAUUAUGCUCGAGAGUACAAAAAGUGAGUGGAUCAAAGAAAAUAUUUGAAAUU